AUGACAUCUUCGGUUGUAUUAACGACGUUGUCCUUGCCCAGUUCUGUCCAACGACAAGGCAGUGAUAUGUGGCCGGUGCACCGCGUCGCCAACAUCGCAACAUUCACAGUGCUGCUCUACAAAUCACCUUUUAUCGCCGCUCAUCGCUACGCCGCCACAGCGACGACGUUAUGCGCAACACACCCAGUUCAUUGCACUAAAGGGAAACGACAUCAGCAUGAAAAACCGUCGAAACGACGAGUCGACGAAUCACUCGGAGGAUACGGUAGACUGAAGCUUUUUAUCGGCGGUCAACCUUGGAAUUUUCCGAAUCAACAUGUAGCACUGAGUCAAAGGAACACAUUAGAACCUGGUUCCGAACCUUUCAAAUUUCGAGCCCACAAAAACGUGAUUUAG